AUGGUUCAGCAUGUACGACAAUUUCCAGGAGACCAAGAGCUCUCUCGCUAUCUUACAACCAUAACCGAACCGGAUCUUAUGCAAAAUUGUAAAGACUGCAUGGAACUUAUUGUGAAAGCAAAGAACGCCCAGGCGGAAGAGGCGAAUCGGGCUGCCGAAAGUCUUUUGGCGCUUCUGGCCGAGGAGGAAGAAGCUGCACGCUCAAAAAAGCAGGCAAAAUUGCGCAAGAAGGAAAAGAAAAAGGAAAAGAAAGCGAAGAAGCAAGAUGGAAAUGAAAAGGAGCGCGCUGUAAUUGUUCAAACUGGGACUCCAACACGCUCAGAGGACUCACCUCCCAACAGUAGAACUAAAGAGGAGAGCGAGGAGUACUCGGAUGAUGAGUCAGAUUCCCUGGCGGCAAAAAAGGAGCGAUCGUCAGCGCCUUCAGAUUCCAUGGUAAGUAGUCAGGUCUUCUGUUUGAUGUGUUCUUAGAC